AUGGGUGUCGACAUCAACCAUAAACACGACAGGAAAGUCAGGCGUACUGAAGUUAAAUCUCAGGAUGUAUACCUGAGAUUGCUCGUCAAAUUAUACAGAUACUUGGCCAGACGUACAAAUGCCAAGUUCAAUCAGAUUAUCCUGCGCCGUCUCUUUAUGAGCCGCAUUAACCGAGCGCCUAUCUCCUUGUCUCGGUUGGCUCGUCACAUGAAGAAGCCCACUCGUGAAGGUCUAAUCGCUGUUGUGGUUGGAACCAUUACCAACGAUGUGAGGCUGUACAAGGUUCCCAAAAUAACCGUUGCUGCUCUUCAUGUUACUGAGAAAGCUCGUGCCCGCAUCUUGGCUGCUGGAGGUGAGAUUUUAACCUUCGAUCAGCUUGCGCUCCGUGCCCCUACUGGCCGCAAGACAGUGCUCGUCCAAGGCCGCAGGAACGCUCGUGAGGCAGUGCGCCACUUUGGACCCGCACCAGGUGCUCCACGCUCACACACAAAGCCCUAUGUCCGCACUAAGGGCCAUGAGCGUGCAAGACCUAGCCGUCGUGCUAAUGUG